AUGACUGAUUAUUCUUCUUCGGCCACAAAACAGAUCUCCAGAAGUGAUGUCUUUUAUCUAUUGGUCAACGAUUCCAAGCGUUCGGACGGUAUUCGGUGUUUGUGUCGAAGAGUUGUCUCCUUUCGGUUCACUUUCCUCAUCAUUAAGAAGCCUAAGAAAGUGAUGGCAAUUAUGACCAGAAUUGCGGUCAAACCGGCGAUCCAUAGCCACCGACUGUCUGAAGACUUUUCACUGUCGCUGACAAUCGGGCGCCGGAUCUCCAAUCUUGAGAAAGUCUUUCGUAACGCUGAGCGCCGUAUCGUUGGCCCACCGACUGGUGACCAGUUGUCCCGUAUCGGUGGCCGAGUCUAUAGUCAAUCGAUGGUAUGUCCGCUCGUGAAACACAAACGCGAAUUUGUCGGAACCGGUGCUGUCUUUGUGGACAAAAACGGCGCGAAUCCUCUGUCCGUCUGUCGACAGCGACUGUUUGGCCGAUUCGGGGCUCUUCUCACGUCCCCAACGGUUCUGGUCAUCGCCGCCGCCGUUGUUGUCGCAGAGAUAGCGACAAUAAUUGAUGGCAAACAUGGCGUCGAGGGGUUGUCUGUCGGACCAAUUGACGCGCGCUCGGGAGGAGCAGUGAUCAGAGCUAUACUCCAUGAGAGAGUCGGGCAACCAAUUCCCGGUCUCCGUAUCCCACCAUUGCAUCCAAUACUUGCCAUCAAUGAGUUGACUGAUCCACACCUGUGUGGGCAGUGGUCGGGCCUCGGAGUCGGGCGGAGGGAACUGAUUGUCUUUCAACCUGUGGCCGCCACUCGACAGCCAAUACAUGCGUACGCUAUGGGCGUAAGCGAUGGCAUCGAUCACAGAGUCUUUGCACAGUCUCGCUUUAAAAUGAAUGCAAUAUUUAUAACAUUUCUAGUGAUUGUAUGCGGAAUUCAAUCACACGUUUGUGACUUCGCUUUUGACUAUCUUAUACUUAGUACGUGUCGGCGACCUUACAAUUCACUGACAUCAAUGAUAUCGUUACCAAACCAUACGGUUAUCUCAUUUCAAUUCAGAUAUAUGUUUGACGUUAGACUCAAUGCGACCACAAAUCGGGUAGUGAUGGCCAUCGACCCGAAGCGCAUGCAAUACUCGCAUUUGAUAACCAAUUACUUCGACCACGAUUUUACCCGACGACGCUUUUUCGACGUCUCUAUGGCUGACCAUUCAGUUUAUAUGGUUUUGAAGCAAUUGAAUGCUCUAUCGUUUAACCAAGAAAGAUGGGAUAUGGAUUUGCGAAACAUUGACACAGUUUUUGUCGAUUCCAUAAAAUCUGAGAUUUUUGUCGUAAAAGGAGACAAAUUCACCACUUUUUCGGAUAAUAAGAAUGAAUCGAAACAAUGGACACAACUCUCGACUCUUUUCCCUAAUAGUAAAUACCCUUUGGAUGCCAUCCAUUGUAACCGUACUUACAGUGAAUGCUAUUUAUAUAAAGGCGAUAAAAGGAAAUUAUAUUUAAAAGAUAGAAACAACAAUUUUGUGUUUGAAAACGAAACUCUACUCAAAAGUCUGGGACUUCCCGACGGUUUGGAUGCGUUUAGUGAAGACAUCAAAACAUAUGAUGUGAUUGGUGUCAAAGAGCCUCCCAUUCCUAUCCGAACGACACCCAAACCCACGACUCCUGUGACCACUGAAUCUCCCGAUACAACACAAUUCACAUUCCCGUCACAAACCUCUCCCACACCUACUGACGACAUAUACACUAAUUAUAUUAUAAUUGAUCCGGAAGAAGAGAAAGCGCUAAAGCGUCAAAAGAUUCGGUCAAAACUGGACGCCAUUAAAGAGAGACAAUCGUCGACUUAA